AUGCAGCUGAUUCAACCAUGCGCACAAGUCCGCCUCCUACCCUCGCCAGACGGAUGCUCCUCGCCCCUCAUUCAAGUCUGUCCUGUCCGGUAUAUCGCCCGUGGCGUCGGCCAGCGCUUCUGUCUCCAGUGUAGCGAUGCCGCGGGGAUAGCCCCGAAUACAUCAUCAGCGGGACUGGUGGGAUAUCCAUCUGAGGGAUACGGGCAGCUGUGCCCGCGUCCGCAUCCGCAUCCGCAUCCACCGCUGCAGCCGGAACCGCGUUUCCAGUGUCAGCUGCAGAUUUUACAGCAAGAGAAGGGGGAGAACGGCGGAGUAUUGCGGACGCCCACGCCCCUCGACCCGGAGAUUCUGGGGAGUGGUCUGCCCGCUGCGGGAGACCUGUUGCCGUCUGCGGCUCUCGGUCAGGUCCUGGAUUCUGGGUCUGUUUGUGGUGGUGAGGGUAUUAUGGAGGAUGGAGUAGACAAGCCUUUGUCACGCCGAUCAUCGCUGUUGGUUCAGGUUUCUUCGGAUAUGAAGGUGCUUGAGAAGAGUGUUAUCGUGGAUGAAGAGCGCGGGUGUGGUGCAGCGACGUCCUGUAUACCUGUCUCCAUAAGCUGCGGGUUGGAGGAGAGGGGAAGAAAUACGCAGAUAGAUCAAAUGAAGGAGAAGGAGGAAGGUGAUUCGUGUGAGAGAAAUGCUUCGAUCCACCAGAUGGGUAUUGUUAUCGAACUGGACGUCGGGGAAUCUGAUGACAAGCAUUCGAGCCGUACCGGAUAA